AUGGAGGGGCAGAACCGAAUUGAGGGAGUGAAACUCAAUGCACCUCCUUUCAAAGGCAGAAGUGAUCCACACGCCUACCUUGACUGGGAGAUGAAAAUUGAGCAUGUAUUCUCCUACAAUAAUUAUACUAAAGAGCAGAAAGUGAAGUUACCAGUAGCUGAACUCUCCUACAAUGAUUGGUGGAAUAAAAAUCAAAGAGAGAUGAUGAGAGAGGAAGGGCGGGAGAUAGAUACAUGGAUUGAGAUGAGAAGGGUUAUGCGAAAGAGGUAUGUUUCAACUAGCUACAACAUAACCCUACGACAGAAACUCCAGAGGCUGUCCCAGGGAAGUCUGACUGUGGAGGAGUACUACAAAGAGAUGGAGAUGGCAUUAGUGAGGGCAAACAUUGAAGAGGAAACCGAGGACACAAUGGCUCGUUUUUUGAGUGGCCUAAAUCCUGACAUUAGAGAUGUUGUUGAAUUACAGAAGUACGUCAAAUUGGAUGUCUUGCUACAUAAGGCAGUCUGGGUUGAACAACAACUGAAGAGGAAAAGGGCAGCAAGAAGGAACUCAUCCAACACCUUCAACCAGAACUGGACCAACAGAUCCAAGAAGGAGGGAGGCAACUCGUCCAGCCCAUCAACACAGUCUUCACAUGGAAAGUCAGCAGCACCCAAUGCUGGAACCAAGAAUAAUUCUACCUCAUCAUCCAACAUCGGUACCAGAAACAUAAAAUGCUUCAAAUGCUUAGGCAGAAGACAUAUUGCUUCUGACUGUCCAACUAGGAAGACCAUGAUCACGAAGGCAGAUGGAGAAAUCACCAGUGAAUCUAAAAUCAGUGAAGAAGAAGAAGUUGAAGAAGAGCUUGAGGAGGAAGCUAUGCAGGGUGAUAUGCUAAUAGUGAGAAGGCUCUUGGGAAGUCAGAUGCAGCCAUUGAACGACACCCAAAGAGAAAAUAUUUUCCACACCAAAUGUACAAUUAAUGGUAAGCUUUGCUCUUUAAUUGUUGAUGGAGGAAGUUGUACCAAUAUUGCAAGUUCCAGGUUAGUGUCCAAACUGAAUUUGGAUACUAAGCCCCAUCUUAGGCCAUACAGGCUUCAGUGGCUUAAUGAAGAUGAAGAGGUGAAGGAUCAAAUUGCAAAGAAAAAUGAAAGCUAUGACAAGCAAGCCAACGAGAAUAGGAAGGAAGUUGUACUUGAACCAGGUGAUGAUUCUAAAGAUUUGAGGGCAAAUACUUUCCAAGAAGGAGGGAAUGAUGAGAAUCCUAAAACUGCCCAAAUACGGGGACCUGUGAUCAGGAGUAGAACCAAACAGUCAGUGGAUACCCACCAACAAAUGGUAUCAGACAUACUUAACAAGGCCCAAGUGGAGAGGAUGAAGGCCCGGAGGCAGAGGCACUACUAA